GAGGUGUGGCAGGGCAGGCAGCCAAGGGGAGGGACGGGCAUCCAAAGGGCAGGACAGGAAGCUGGCAGCCACCCUGUUAGCUGAGAAGAGGGAAGUUGUGGUUGCUAACCCCAGUGCAACCAUCCCACGCUGCACCUGUGGGAGCAUGGAGACUGGAACUGUCUUCCCGCAGCUUCCUGAGAGCGAGGCCAAGAGAGCCCCCGGGGGCGAUGGUGGGAACGGGAGUGUGGAUGGUGACGCCCUGAGGAACCCCUAUGCAGGGCUGGUGAGCCACCUGCGGGCAUCCUGGCUCUCUGGGAAGACUCGGCCCAUGGAAUAUCGUGUGGCCCAGCUGGAGGCUCUGGGACGCUUCCUGGAUGACAAGAAGCAGCAGAUCAUGGAUGCCACUGCCUCUGACUUGGGCAAGGCACCCUUUGAAACUGAAUUAUCUGAGAUCCUCAUGUGCAAGAACGAGCUCCAUGAGACCCUGAGCAACCUGUCCCGCUGGAUGAAGGAUGAGAAGGUGGACAGGAUUCUGGCGGUGCAGCUGGACUCAGCCUUCAUCCGCAAGGACCCCUACGGGGUGGUGCUCAUCAUAGCGCCCUGGAACUACCCCAUCCACCUCUUCCUGGUGCCCNACGGGUGA